AUGUCUCUCUUAGCUCUGGGUCGCAAUGGGCGAUCCCAGGCGGGAGCAGAGGCCAGUGGCCUCGAUUCUCUGAUGGGCUGGGCCUACACUACGAUCGAGUUCACUCUCGAAAUCGAAAUCGCCACACCGCGGAGCCCGACCUGCGGCGACGGAGUGUGCGAGGCGGCCGAGACGAUCGCGUCGUGCCCUGGCGACUGCCCCGGCAUCACGACGCCGACCGAGUGCGGCGAAGAGCCCCACAGCAACCCGGCCGGUGAGGCGGUGGCGUGGGGCUCGGCGCCGGAGCAUCGGGUCCGGUCGGCGGCCGAGUGCUGCCAGCGCUGCAUGGCGCACGCCGCAAAGAAUACGCGGAGGCCGUGCAACUCGUGGAGCUUUUGCUACCUGCCGCACUGCUGGAGCCUCGACAACGGCAAUACACACACGCACGGCGAGUGCUGGCUCAAGGCCGAGGGCGUGGGGGAGCGGAGUGGCACGCCUGCGUCGCCGACUCCCAGCCGGUGCAGCAUGUCCCCCAGCCACUUCCCCAGCCAGGCGUCCGCCUGCCUUCCAGCCUGCCCGAAGCCGGCGAAGAGCGACGGCGCCUAG